GAGCUCUGCCUAUCAUCCAGCAUAUCCUGAUCUGAUAGGAUGGUUCUGAAUCUCAAUCUGAAAACCUCUCCUUAUUUCCCUACAUUUUCUUCCCUUCCAGGCGAGCCGGAAAGCGGAGAAGUCUCACUCGAGUAUUACGCUUCGGCUGGCUCCGGCUACUUACAACCAUCCAAACACUGGGUCUUCAUUGGUGAAAUCGUUCAAAACAUCUCCCUCAUUCGUCCCGGCUUCCUGGUCAAAGACAAAAGAGGCGUGCAAGUCGGUGUUCACUUCUAUCUCGACAACGAUGUCGCUCGGACGGCAGAUUAUAAGAAGUUCAAGGUUGGGAGUACGAUGUGUGUCUAUUAUGCUCAUAUGAGGUACUUCAUGGACGGGGGCGUAGGGAUCAGGGUCGAGGAUAUGUCGAAUGUGAAGAUCAUACCAUGCAGCAUGAAGAUCUUACUCGAGACGAACAUCGCUAAAGUCAAGAGCUCUUUGGUUUGUUCAACAUGCGCCAAGAAAGGUGAAGAUGUGACGCUUCAACAAUGCAAGCGAUGUGGCACACGAUACUGCAGUCGAGAAUGCCAGCAACAGGACUGGCAGACUGGUCACAAGGCGAAAUGUGCCGCCAUCAGUCAGGUUCGAGAGUGGAGGGCUAAGGACUGGGGCAACUUCAGCGACUACUGGUCGGUCUAGAGCUGGCACUAAAACAGCUUGAUGUGUGGAGUCAUGGACGCGCUUUAGUGUUUCCAGAAUACCACGGGAAAAGUAAAAUAAUUGGAAUACAUAGGAUGCCG